AUGAUCAGCCCCCUCAGGAGCCCCCUCCGAAGUGCCUGUCCCACUGCGAGUUUCGUCCGGCUUGCGAGGCAUCGGGCGCAUCGGAGAUGGACAGCACAAGUUCGCUGGCAGUCUGCCACUGCCACGGCAGAACACGAUAGGAAGACGCCGAAUAGCACGCUUGCCAUCCCCUCGACCGCUCGCCAAAACGCAAUAGGGGUUCAGCAGCUGAGCGAGCACCUCUACCCACAAGUCUUUCCCAAAGGAUCCGAGCCUCCCCCAGAGUCCCUCGUCAAGCUCUCCCAGGAUCACCUGCGACGUCACGACCUCCUAGGCAAGACUACCGACCCGACCGAUCCUAUCGCGUUCACCCUUCCAAGAUUACAAGCCCCAGACACGGGGACGCUGGAUGAACAUUUCUUUAGACUCGGCACGGAUGCCGCGGAGCCCUUCCUGUCACACGCAAAGCAGUUCGCAAGGUCAAAUACGCCCCAACAGCCCAGGGAAUGGGUACACCGGAGCGGAUGGACAAAAUAUUACUGCAAAGAUGGGACGGGGCCAGAGAUCGCGGAGCAGGUGGAAGCGCCGGACGAGACUAUGCUGUCAUUUGACGUCGAGGUCAUGUGGCAGGAGAACCCCUUCGCUGUCAUGGCCUGCGCUGCCAGUCCAACUGCCUGGUAUGUGUGGCUUUCGCCGUGGCUACUGGGUGAGACCGACGUUAAGACCCAGCUUGUGCCCUUGGGCAAUCCCACCAAGGAGCGGAUCGUUGUCGGGCAUAAUAUCGGAUACGACAGGGCCAGGAUCCUCGAGGAGUACGACAUCAAGCAGACGAAGAACUGCUUUCUGGACACCAUGUCGCUGCAUGUAGCAGUGAAUGGCAUGUGCUCGCAACAACGACCGACCUGGAUGAAGGCUCAAAAGAACCGCGAGAAAGAGCGCGUCGCUCGAGCCGAGGGAAACUUCAGCCUGGACACCUUGAUGGACGAAGAAGAGCUGUGGGUCGGGAGGAGCUCUAUCAAUUCCCUGCGGGAUGUGGCCAAGUUUCACCUCAACGUCUCUAUGGACAAGUCCGCACGAGACGACUUUAGCGGGCUGGAUCGGCAGAAAGUCCUGGAAAAGCUGGACGACCUCUUGAACUACUGCGCGGCCGACGUUGCCAUCACACACCGCGUCUUCUCAAUCGUCUUCACCAACUUCCUCAAGACAUGCCCCCAUCCAGUCAGCUUCGCCGCAUUACGGCAUUUGUCCUCUGUCAUUCUACCAGUAGAUACCUCCUGGGAUUCCUACAUCGCUAACGCCGAGGCAACAUAUCAAGAACUGUCAAUCGGCGUCCAAGAGCGUCUCAUAUCCCUGGCUGAGAAGGCUUUGGAGGUCAAGGACGACGAGGCAAAAUGGAGCAACGACCCCUGGCUGAAACAACUGGAUUGGUCGGGGCAGGAGAUCAGGUGGGCCAAAGGCAAAAAGAAGGGCGACCCACCAAGGCCGGCUAAGAACCAGAAAAUGCCUGGCAUGCCCAAAUGGUACAAGGAUCUAUUUCCCACAAAAGAUGCCCCUAUGAACAUAUCGGUGCGGACGAGGAUAGCACCUCUGCUUCUGAGGCUGUCCUGGGAAGGAAACCCGUUAUUCUGGUCAGACGAACACGGGUGGACUUUUCGUGUCCCCCGGGAGCAGAAAGAAGAAUAUGUCAAGAAAUCAAUGAAGCUAUGCGAUAUGACGGACGAGAAGACGAUUCCUUUGUUGAGAGACGACUUCAGUGGAGCUUACUUCAAGGUUCCACACAAAGAUGGCCCGACGGCUCGAUGCGCCAACCCGAUGGCGAAAAGUUAUUUGGGUCAUUUCGAAGGCGGGGUCUUGACAUCUGAAUAUGCUUAUGCAAAGGAGGCACUGGAGAUGAAUGCGUCUUGUUCAUACUGGAUAAGCGCCCGCGAAAGGAUCAGGUCGCAGCUGGUUGUUUACGAAAAGGAACUGCGCGUGGCCAAGGGACAAGAUGCAGGGGGGUCUGCUCAGGGCUACAUCCUCCCGCAGGUGAUACCGAUGGGCACCAUCACGAGAAGAGCUGUCGAAAACACGUGGCUGACAGCGAGCAAUGCCAAGAAGACCAGGGUGGGCUCGGAGCUGAAGGCAAUGGUCAAGGCGCCACCAGGCUACAGCUUCGUGGGAGCCGACGUGGACUCUGAGGAACUCUGGAUUGCAAGCCUACUCGGCGAUGCCAUAUUCCAACUCCACGGCGGCAACGCAAUCGGUUUCAUGACGCUAGAAGGCUCGAAGGCCGCAGGGACCGACCUCCAUUCCCGGACGGCUUCGAUUCUCGGAAUCUCAAGAAAUCAUGCAAAAGUCUUCAACUAUGGGCGGAUCUAUGGCGCAGGCCUCAAGUUUGCCGCCCAGUUGCUCCGACAAUUCAAUCCCACUCUCUCCGAGCGUGAGACCUACAACAUCGCAAUCAAGCUGUACAAUUCCACGAAAGGGGCACAGUCGGAACGGAAGUCCCUCUGCAAGGGCAAAUUCUGGCGAGGUGGCACCGAGUCUUUUGUUUUCAACAAGCUCGAAGAGUUUGCUGAGCAGCGACGUCCGCGCACACCUGUUCUCGGCGCCGGAAUCACGGAGGCACUGAUGAGCAGUUACGUCAGCAAGGGCGGCUUCCUGACCAGCCGCAUCAACUGGGCCAUCCAGAGCUCAGGCGUUGACUACCUCCACCUCCUGAUCGUUUCCAUGGACUAUCUGGCCCGGCGCUUCAACAUAGAUGCGCGUCUUUCCAUCUCGGUACACGACGAGAUCCGCUACCUGGUCAAGAGCGAGGACAAUUAUCGGGCCGCCAUGGCGCUGCAGGUCGCCAACCUCUGGACACGAUGCAUGUUUGCCCAGCAGAUCGGCAUCGACGACCUCCCGCAGUCGUGCGCUUUCUUCAGUGCCGUCGACAUAGAUCACGUCCUUCGCAAGGAAGUUGACAUGCCCUGCAUCACCCCAUCUCACCACACACCUAUCCCACCAGGCCAAUCCAUCGACAUCCAGCAACUUCUCGCCAAGGGCAGCGAGGCCCUCCUCGACGAAUCCAUCACCCCAGAGAACCCGCCACAACUCGAUCACAUUCAGUAUACCCCGCGUAUACCAGUAAUGCAGACCCUGAAGGAGGAGGACGCCUCCACCACGGACCUAGCCUUCAUCAAGGCGCAGAUCACGUCCGACAUGAAGGAGCUAAACGAGAUCUGCAUUGAGCAGCGCAAGAAGAUCGCCGCGCUCACGCCCAAGAAGGAGGCUGCGCCCCGCAAGCCCAAGGUCCUGCCGUACUCAUCGCACGCGCAGCUAAUGCCCAUGGAGGAGCCCCUCUUAGUAUCUGAGGCGUUCCGUGCCGACCAGGCCAAGCGCUUCGGCAGCGGCGCUCCCGGCCAGAAGAAGAUCGACUGGCCACGGACGGCCCGCUGGCCCAAAACUCAUGUCGCCAGCCGGGGGACGGGCCACUGA